AGCACUCCUCGCUCCUUAGUAUCCCGGCACAAACGGCGCGCGUGCACGGGACACAGGCGCAGCGCGCUCCGGGCCAUGGCGGUCCACGUACUAUGGUUGGUGGCUGCUGUGGUAUCUAUAGCAGGGGUAAGAACGCAAGACGAUGGAUAUACAUGGAAUGAAAUCAACGGAAAUCGGUGGCCGGAUGCGGAUACGGAGCCGCGGACUUACGAUACUAACUCGUAUGGCUUGUCGGGAAGGCUUGAUCUGCCACAACCGCCGCAACCGACAGCGUGGCAGACCUCGAGACCGUCGCCCGUAUAUCCACAGUCGCCACCUUCAGGCUUCAACUUCAAUCGUUAUGCCGCAUAUGACCCUGUCACUAGACAACGCACCACUGCUGUCGAUCGUAAUUGUACGGCAACUGGAUGUUGCGUGCCGAAAUGCUUCGCAGAAAAAGGAAACCGGGGUUUUCCCGGAGCACCAGGACCUCAAGGUCCAAGAGGUCUUCCCGGACACGAAGGCGUAGAAGGUAUCCAGGGUCCCAAAGGACAAAAAGGUCAAAUGGGACCUCAAGGACCUCGAGGACCUAAAGGCGACAGAGGAAAACCUGGCUCACAAGGUCAUCCUGGCUUAACGGGGCCUCCAGGGCCUCAAGGUGAAACAGGCACUCCUGGUAUUCCUGGUAGAGAUGGCUGUAAUGGCACAGACGGUGAACCUGGACCAAUGGGGUUUAAAGGAAAUCAGGGCCCCCGUGGUUUCCCUGGUUUGAAAGGAGAAAAGGGUGAUAAGGGAGAAGAAGCACUUCGUGGCCGAUAUGAGAAAGGACAGAAAGGAGAACCCGGAAACGAUGGUACGCACGGAUCUCCAGGACCUGUUGGGCCUACCGGUCCUCCUGGCUUGCCUGGACCUAAAGGAGUCACUGGACCCAUGGGACCAGUGGGUGAGAAAGGUGAUAAAGGCGCCAAAGGUGACAAAGGAGCAUCGGUAAUCGGUGAUAAGGGAGACAGAGGAGAUAUUGGUAGCAAGGGAAAAAGUUGCCCAUACGUACUUCCAGUGGCUGUUAAUGACACUAUUACCAAAGGAAUACAGGGUGAAACGGGAGCCCAAGGGGACAAAGGAGAACCAGGCAGACAAGGCGACAAAGGGGAUAUGGGCCCUAUGGGUGAACCAGGGGUGCCAGGCUUAAUGGGUUCUAAAGGAGAAAAAGGAAUACGAGGAAAUCCGGGCGAACGAGGUCGAGAUGGAAUGUAUGGAUCGCCAGGACCAUCGGGUCAAAAAGGAGAUAGAGGUCUAGAUGGUAUAGCAGGUCUGUCUGGUAGGCCCGGUAGUAAAGGUGAACCUGGUAGAGAUGGAGCUCCUGGGCCAAGAGGAUUGAGAGGUGUACCUGGCCGACCAGGUGGUCGUACCGGCGGCGUAGGACCAGCUGGGCCACCUGGUCCCCGAGGUUACGACGGCCCAGCUGGGCCUAGAGGAACAGACGGUAGACCUGGAGAAAGAGGUGCAAUAGGACCUGUGGGGCCGCCGGGAGGACAAGGUGAACCGGGAACUCCAGGCCCAGAAGGACUUCCUGGUGUUAAAGGUGAAAAGGGUGAACCUGGUCUAGAAGGAAGGACUGGUGAUGUCGGACCAAGAGGCUACACAGGACCUACUGGGCCUACAGGUCCGAGAGGCCUAAAGGGAGACGAUGGAAUAUCGAUACCCGGUGAACCAGGACGCCCAGGGUCAUCAGGAAUACCGGGAACGAAAGGUCAAAAAGGAGAAAGAGGAUAUCAAGGUCUUACAGGGGCACCUGGCAAUUCUACUGUUGGUACACGAGGAGCUCCUGGAGAAAUGGGUCCACGUGGAGAGAAAGGAGACAAGGGUAGCCCAGGAUUUGAUGGUAUACCGGGUAGUCCAGGUUCUAAAGGUGACAUAGGCGGACGAUGUAAUGAGUGUUGGCCAGGCGGACCGGGACCUAAAGGGGACCGUGGCUUGGAAGGCGCUCGUGGAGAACGUGGAGAAAGAGGUCCUUCAGGACCCGCCGGACUACCAGGUGAACGAGGCGUGGACGGAAUUCAUGGCGAACAGGGAGUUCCUGGGCCAACAGGUGACCGCGGUGACGAAGGUCCCAUAGGAGUGCCAGGAUUGCCUGGACGAGACAAAGAAGUCCCUACUGAAUUAAUAAAAGUGCCUCCAGGUCCAAAAGGCGAACCAGGUCCAAAAGGAUCGCGUGGUCUGAAAGGCGAAAAGGGACGUGACGGCCAAAAAGGAGAGCGUGGACCGGUGGGUAUGCCAGGGACCACAGGAAAUCAAGGUCUUAUGGGUCCGCCGGGAGCUGAUGGAAUACCUGGCAGAGACGGCAUACCAGGAAGGCCUGGUCAGCCCGGAACCAGCGUAAGAGGAGAAAAAGGACAACCAGGAAAUUUGGGAGAAAAAGGAGAUAAAGGAGCCCAUGGGAGAACGGGGUUAAAGGGUGAACCAGGAAAUUGUACUCAACCGGCAAAUAUUGAAGAAAUGGCUAAGGGCGACAGAGGUGCUCCUGGGGAGCGAGGGCCACAAGGACCGCAAGGUGACAAAGGUGAUAAAGGAGAUUUAGGUUACCCGGGUCGCCAAGGCGAAAAGGGUGACAUGGGUUUUUCCGGAAGACAAGGCCCAGUGGGCCCUCGUGGACUUUCAGGGCCAAGAGGACUAAAAGGCGAUAUAGGAAUCGCGGGAUUCCCGGGCACACCUGGAGAAGUAGGACCGAGAGGAUUUCCAGGAACACCUGGACUUAAAGGUGAUAAAGGUGAAACUGGUCCGUCUAUGCCUGGCCUUCCAGGACCCCCUGGUUCAACUGGACAUAAAGGAGAACCAGGUUUGAGAGGUUUUCCAGGUAUACCAGGCAGCGAUGGUCCUCCUGGGCCAAUGGGACUACCUGGUGAAAAAGGAGAUCAAGGUUUUACUGGACGAAUCGGUGCUCCCGGUCCUCCAGGAUCAAAAGGUGAUGCUGGUCCCGUUGGUCCCGCGGGGGUACCAGGUAGGAAUGGAAUUCCUGGGAAAGAUGGUCCAAAAGGUUUUCCAGGAUUUCCAGGCCCACAAGGCAAUCCUGGAGUAAUUGGAUUACCUGGACAAAAAGGAGCGCCUGGUUUGCAAGGUCCCGAUGGUCCAAAAGGAUUCCCUGGAACUAGAGGAUCACCAGGACCACAAGGUCCGCCGGGUAUAAAUGGCAUCACUGGAGAGAAAGGAGAAAAAGGAGAAUUCGGCUACCCAGGUCAAGCAGGACUUCCUGGGCUGGACGGACCAAUAGGGACACCUGGAUUAAAUGGAUCUAAAGGCGAUAGAGGUUACGAAGGACCUCCAGGUUUACCGGGGAUGAUAGGACCUAUUGGUGAAAAAGGGGACCAGGGACCUCCAGGUUAUUUCGGUCAGAAAGGAGAACCAGGGUUUGCAGCUGACAAAGGACAGAAAGGAGAGCCUGGACCGCCUGGUUUAAAAGGUUUAGAUGGAAUUCCUGGUCGAGAUGGUGCGAAUGGUGACAAAGGUGACGCAGGUUUACCUGGCUUUGGAAGACCUGGUCCAUCUGGACUAAAAGGUGACGUUGGACUACCGGGCAUUCCCGGCCUUCCGGGAGAAAAGGGGUCUAAAGGAGAUUAUGGCAGUCCUGGAUUAAGAGGACCAAAAGGCGAUAGAGGUUUACCCGGAAAGUCCGGUACGGACGGUACUCCUGGAAUGGAUGGUACUCCGGGUCUACCAGGUGAUAUGGGAUUCCCAGGACCUACAGGUGCUAAGGGUGACAAAGGUGAUCUGGGUUCACCUGGACGGGACGGUUUUGAUGGAGCAAAAGGGGAUCGUGGACCUGUUGGGCCUAUUGGAAGAAUAGGACCUGUUGGGUUUAUGGGACCAAAAGGUGACAGGGGACCGCCAGGUCCAACCAUGGAUGUAAAAGGUGACAAGGGAGAUAUUGGACCUGUGGGACAUCCUGGUUUUCCAGGUCAGAAAGGAGAUAGGGGCUAUGAUGGUGCUAUAGGAUUUCAAGGUGAUAAAGGAGAUCAGGGACGACAGGGUGAAAGAGGAGAUACUGGUAGAUUCGGCGUUCCUGGUGCGAAAGGAGAUAAAGGCUUAGCUGGACCUGAAGGACUGCCGGGAAGAACCAUUAAAGGAGAAAAGGGACUGCCUGGUUCGCCCGGAAAACAUGGUCGUCCAGGAGCUCAAGGGGCACGUGGUGAAAAAGGUGAACAAGGAUUACCAGGACUGCCGGGACAAAUGGGUUCCCCUGGCUCCCCAGGGUCACCAGGUGCCCCCGGAGAAAAAGGCACUGAAGGUCGUGAAGGGAUAGCUGGACCACCUGGUAUAGAUGGCACUCCAGGUCCACCAGGUCCACCAGGUUUAAAUGGUGCUAAGGGAGACAAAGGUGAUCAAGGGCCUGUUGUGUAUGGAACACCAGGUGAAAAAGGUGACCAAGGCCCACAAGGACUACCUGGACCACCCGGACGACCCGGCGAAAAAGGGGAACCAGGUUUGGAUGGCAUCAAUGGUUUACCCGGGCCUAUGGGUCCAGUUGGUCCAAAAGGUGAUAUGGGAUUCCCAGGCAGAAUAGGUAUGCCGGGUGUAGAAGGUCAAAAAGGUGACAAAGGAACACCAGGUAAUAUUGUCUACGGACCUAAAGGUGAACCAGGACCUCGUGGACCACCUGGUUUUAACGGCGCUCCAGGAAGAGAUGGGAUCCCUGGCCCCAAAGGUUUAGAUGGCAGCCCAGGAAUAAAAGGGGAUCGUGGCUAUCCAGGUUCAAUGGGUCCUCCAGGACCACCAGGCCCUAUAGGACUUCAAGGAAUGUCUGGAGAACGAGGAGAAAUAGGUCUUACCGGAGCACCAGGACCCCCAGGAAAUCCUGGAACGCCAUGUACUAACACAGACUACUUAACCGGUAUACUAUUGGUGCGUCACAGUCAAACUGAACUAGUCCCGCAAUGUGAACGAGGUCAUAUAAAAUUAUGGGAAGGAUUCUCACUGUUAUACAUUGACGGUAAUGAAAAAUCUCAUAAUCAAGACUUAGGUUACGCCGGCUCCUGCGUAAGAAAAUUCAGCACUAUGCCGUUCUUAUUCUGCGAUCUCAAUGAUGUUUGUAAUUAUGCCAGUCGUAACGACAGAAGUUACUGGUUGUCAACGAAUAAACCCAUACCUAUGAUGCCAGUGGAAGGAAGAGAGAUACAGCAGUAUAUAUCAAGAUGUGUUGUAUGCGAAGUGCCUGCUAACGUGAUUGCAGUUCAUAGUCAAUCUCUUGAUGUUCCAAAUUGCCCAUCGGGAUGGACCGAAUUAUGGAUCGGAUUCAGUUUUGUAAUGCACACGGGCGCAGGUGCCCAGGGCGGUGGACAAGAAUUGGCGAGCCCCGGUUCUUGCCUGGAAGAUUUCCGAGCGGCACCUUUCAUAGAAUGUAAUGGUGAGGGUGGUACUUGCCACCAUUUCGCCAACAAACUUAGUUUCUGGCUUACAAUCAUCGAAGAAAGUCAGCAGUUUACAACUCCUCAAAGAGAAACUUUAAAAUCAGGGCGGCUACUCGAACGCGUAUCGAGGUGUGCAGUCUGCAUUAAAAACACAUAGCUUGCCUGAACAUCAGUAGGUAGAAUUCAAAUUUUAACGGUAUUUAAAAAAACCUUUAAUGAGAUGAGUUUAUUGUGGCAAACAACCUUUAUCAUUUACAUACUUGGAAUAAGUUACUUAAAUGCUUGUUAGACUCGCAGCUAUCAACUUUAGUCAAAUGACACAUAAGAUGUGAACGUUUUACAAGACCACAUAAAAAGUACCUCUUUAACAACAGAACCGGUGUUGUAGCUUGGUGGAUUAAUAAAAUAUUAUGUGUCCUUGGAUUAAUUCGAUGAACAGUUGCAGUAAGUAGUAUCUAAUUUUUAUCAUAAUAAAUUUCCAUUAAUACCAAAGUAAUUUAAUUUAAGGCUUUGUUAUUUAUUACAGGUUUAUUUAGAUUUUUCAAAGAUUUACGAUAUCGGCGUCUUGAAAAUAUUUAAGUAAUAAAUGCUAUGUACAUUAUAUCUUAACUCUACAAUAAUUACGGAACAUAACAGAAAAUUAACUUUUUAAAUAUAAGUAUAGUAAAUACCUGGUAUUUCUCGGAAACUUUAUUAGUGAUGGGUUAUUUACAUUUCCUAGUCAUGAGACAAAUAUUACAACUCCGCAUAAUUAAAUAAGUAUAUAUAUUCUUUAUCGAAAUCUGAUUUUCAAUUAUGUGAAAGUUCGACAUAAUGUACAUUUAUUUACUUACCUUUUAUGCCUACUUGUGAUAAUGGUGAUGUGCUUAAACUUGUAUCUAUACAUACGUCUGGAUCUUUAUUUUUCUAUUGACGAUUGUUUGUACUAUUUGGUUGAUUACAGUGAUCACCAAUAAUAAAUAACCUACUUACUUUUUAUAAUUAUAGAAUACUUAUAAAAACCAUUUCGAAAAUUAGAUCAGUAGGAAGAUUUCAAAAUGGCCUCACUGUAAUAACAGUCUAAUUAAAGUUAUUGUAAAUUAAAGCACUGCCAAUGUAGAUAAAUGUUAAACAUAAGUAUAGAUAGACUUUAUUAUGAUAAGAACUCAUACAUACAUAAAUAAAUAACUUUAAAAGUUUUUGUUACUUUUAUUUACAUAU